UCGAGUACGCAUCGCGUCAAGGAGUGCCGCUCUCAGCGGCAAUGCCGCUAACCGAAGUCCGGCGCAACAAGUCCUGGAUUUUCUUGCCGGGCGAGAAUGCCCAAACUUCGCCGCUGGCUGUACCUGUUACUGUUGCAACAUUUUGCCUGUCACUCCCUCAAUCACCUGCGCGUUUAGCUUCACUCAAGACUUGUUUUCGAUAUUUUGCUGUUUGCCGACGAGGGAAAGUUGCCGUGUGAUUUGGUGUCAAGGUCACUUCAAGACCACGUUUCGUGUGAUAGAGGGGCCAGCAGACAUCACAUUGAAUAAGGGCAUGCGUCACCCUCAUUCUACAAUUCGUAGAGCAGGCCGCAAGCCUCCGCCGCUUUACCACUCCGGUACCCGUCACACUACCAUUCCGCACUAAAGUUUAGGAAUAUUUACCAUUAUCCACCAUGAAGCACGGUAUUUGGUCCGAGGACGAGCACGACCGCUUCCUGCUCGCCAUCAAGGAAUAUCCACGCGGUCCGUGGGGCAGCAUCGCCUCGGCCGUCGGCACACGCUCCGUCCGCCAAGUGCAGACCCACACCCAGAAAUACUACGAGAAGAUCAUGCGAAGAGUGCGAGGGCUGCGCAAGGACCGCAAAACGUGGGCACGAGUCGAGCACCGCAUCGACGACGAUGUGCUCACGUUCUGCGAGUUUAUGAAGAGUAUGGGCAGCAACAAAGUCAUGGUGAGCGACCCGGACGCUCUCAAGAUCAACACCAAAGUGAUCGUCUCUCCACCUUCCAGUACCAACUCCAGUCCCUGCACCAGCCCCGUGCAGUUCCACCUCAGUAUUCAAGACGAACCAGAGCAAGAGCUCGAUGCAACCGAACAACCGCUGACCACCAUUGCCUCCAGUACCAUCGACUUACCCCCGCUAGAAGAGGCGCUCGAUUUCCUCAUUACCAUGAUGGAACAAUGAGCCAAAACUCACGGACAACACCAACACACUAGCCUAAACCAGUAUGAACCCAUUUGUUCCCUAAAUUUUCCGGUUGUUAUCAUAAUACCGAUCUGGCAUUUAUUUUCCCCCAAC